AUGGUUCGGUCAACGCGUGUCCAUUUGUGUCCAUGUAGGUGGUUCCACAGAGACAUCACAGGCCUGCAGGCCGAGGAAGUGCUGAAGACUCAGGGCAUUCACGGCAGCUUUCUGGCCCGACCCAGCAAGAAGAACGUGGGGGAUUUCUCCUUGUCUGUCAGGGUGGGCGAGCAGGUGACCCACAUCCGCAUCCAGAACACGGGAGACUACUACGACCUUUACGGCGGGGAAAAGUUUGCCACGCUGUCUGAGCUGGUGGAAUACUACACGGCCGACAACGGCAUCCUGCAGGACAAAGAUGGCACCGUCAUCGAACUCAAAUACCCUCUCAACUCCUCCGAUCCCACCACUGAGAGGUGGUACCACGGCCACCUGUCUGGUCCAAAUGCCGAGAAGAUGCUCAUUGCUCGGGAUGAGUCUGGAACCUUCCUGGUCAGAGAGUCGCUGUCCAAGCCGGGAGAUUUCGUUCUGUCAUGUCUGACGGACGAGCGCAGCAAAACAGGAGCAAGGAGAGUGUCUCACAUCAAGAUCAUGUGCCAGAAUGAGAGAUACACAAUAGGAGGCUCAGACUUCUUCGACACGCUAAGCGACUUGGUGGAGUUCUACAAACACAAAGGCAUCGAGGAGGUCUCCGGCAACUGGGUACUUCUCAAACAACCGUAUUUCUCCACCAGGUUGAACGCAGCCGACAUCGACAGCAGAGUGAAGCAACUGGAUCAGACCACACAACUGCAGCAGGAAGCCGAGGGCGGGAAAAGCAAGGCAGGCUUUUGGGAGGAGUUUGAUGCUCUUCAAAAGUUUGAGGCAAAGGUGAAAAAGAGUCGAGAGGAAGGCCAGAGACCAGAAAACAAGAGUAAAAACCGAUACAAGAACAUCCUGCCUUUCAAUGACACCAGAGUGACCCUGCAGAACGCAGACCCCAACGUUGUGGGUUCAGAUUACAUCAAUGCCAAUUAUGUGCGGAAUACCUUGUGGGAUUUGGAGAAUCCUAAAGUUUACAUCGCCACUCAGGGUUGCUUGGCGACAACCGUCAACGACUUCUGGCAGAUGGUCUGGCAGGAGAACACCAGAGUCAUCGUCAUGACGACCAGGGAGGUUGAGAAAGGGCGGAAUAAAUGUGUGCCGUACUGGCCCGACAGCGAGACCCCCAAGAUGGCGGGCUGCUAUGUGGUGACCUCCAAGUCGGAAAGGGACGCGCUAGAUUACAAAGUCCGAGUCCUGGAGCUAGCGCCUGUGAACAAGCCCAAAUAUUCCCGCACCGUGUGGCACUACCAGUACCGGAGCUGGCCUGACCAUGGCGUCCCACAGGAGCCAGGGGCCAUCCUUAGCUUCCUCACCCAAGUCAACGCCAAACAGGACGAAUGUCAUGAUGCUGGUCCUAUGGUCAUCCACUGCAGUGCUGGGAUCGGUCGGACGGGCACAAUUGUGGUGAUCGACAUGAUCAUCGGGACCAUUAACACCAUAGGUCUAAACUGUGACAUCGACAUCUCCAAGUACAUCCAAAUGGUGCGGGAGCAGCGUUCCGGGAUGGUGCAGACCGAGGCCCAGUACAGGUUCAUCUACCUGGCCGUGUCCGAGUACAUCCAGACCACCAAAGCUAAAGACGGCGCCGCCAUGGAAGCGGAGACAGAGUAUGGAAAUCUACAACUCAAACACGCCGGGACGAGCAGAAUCAGCACAAAAAACCAGGAGGAAGUGUACGAGAACUUGAGCAAAGCAAAGAAAGACAAGAAAAAUCUCAAACCAGACAAGAAGGGUGGAUCGUUAAAGAAAAAAUAACAACAAUUUAAUGGCAAAAGUAUGUUAUUUGGUAUUUAUGUUGGUCCAUUUUGUAUUUUUUUACUAGAGCAGACCUUCAAUAAAACAGCUGGUGUAAGCCAACACAUACCAAAAA